AUGCUCUUCCGUUCGGCUCUCCUGGCCUUGCUGCCGUCUCUGGCAGCCUCGUCGCCUACCCCUCGGCAACGACGACAGACCAACACAAACUCGUCGUCGGACCUCCUCACUGACAUAGCCACCAUCCAGCAAUACUGGGGCCAAUUGACCCCGUAUGCCGACAACGCCGAGGACUACUUUGGAGUGAGUGAUGUUGGCCUGCCUGAUGGAUGUCAGGUCGAGCAGGCUCAUCUACUGCAACGCCACGGCUCUCGCUUUCCCGGCGGGACAUUUGACGACGGGCCCAACAAUGAGAACUUCGCCGGCAAGGUCAUGAACUGGACUCAAACCAAUUCUUCGUCCUCAUUCAGUGGCCCGCUCAGCUUCUUGAAUUCGUACCGCUAUGACCUGACCCGAGACUACCUUACAGGUAUUGGUGCCUCUGGGUCCUUCAUGGCGGGUGUCACGUUCUGGAACCGAUAUGGCCGCACGCUUUUCAAUGCAACCAAGGGCCAGACGGCGUACAACGCGAGCUACGUCAAUGGUACCAGCCGACCGAAACUGACGUUAAGAACAACGAGCCAGUCCAGGAUUGAGAAUACACAGAUCAAUUGGGCUCUGGGAUUCUUUGGCCCAAGUUACAAUCCCACUCCAGAUCUGACUUUGGCCAAUGCCACCAGCGCAUACAACCUCGUGGUCGUCCCGGAGGGUGGAACCGAGAACAAUACCCUGGCGUCGUAUGAUUCAUGCUUCAAUGACUACGAUCCAGUCACUGGGUAUCUCGGAGAUCUUGAUUUGUUGAGCUACCUGCCUCUGUAUCUGUCUGACGCCCAAAGCCGGCUAUCCCAAUACAUUCCCAGUGGGUUUAAUUUGACUAUCAACGAUACAUAUGCCAUGCAGGUCAUCUGUGCGUACGAGACCAACUAUUUAGGCCGAUCCGACUUCUGCACUCUCUUCACGGAAGACGAAUGGUCCGGUUUCGAGAACACGCUGGACAUGGAGUACUACUACGACUACUCGUACGGAAACCCGACGGGAAGGGCACAGGGGAUCGGGUAUCUGCAAGAGUUGCUGGCGCGGUUGCAGGACCAGUACAUCACCGUGUCCAAUUCAAGCGUGAACAGCAGCCUGACCAACAAUUCGCGAACGUUUCCACUGGGCCAGAAAAUAUACGCCGACUUCUCACACGACGACAUCAUCAUAUCGGUGCUCACGGCGGCCUCGCUUGACUACCUGCGCGACCCGCCAUCCCUGACGGAAUACCCACCGGACCCGAACCGCCACUUUAUCCUGUCGCACCUGACGCCCUUCUCGGCGCGACUGGUGACAGAGGUGAUUGGGUGCGGAUCCAGCAGCCCUACGCCCAAGAACGCAUCGCAAACACAGUACUACCCGACGCAGUAUGGCUACAACCCGAGCAACGCGACACACAAAUUCCUGCGCAUGCGGCUGAACAACGGUAUCCUGCCUCUAUCGACCAUUCGCGGCGGCUACUGCGGCAACCGCAGCGAUGGUCUGUGUCCGCUGAGCUCGUUCCUGACCAGCCAGGCGAGUGCCUACGGCGCAAGUAACUACAACUACGUCUGCUUCGCGAACUACACCAUCGACUACCCCAACAACGGCACCGAUUAUGACGGAACUCUGUUCAGCGGGAGCGCCCGGCAGAAACGUGGGGUGGUUAGGAAGUGGUGA